GUUAUUUCGUAACUUUAUUUGAAUUGUUCACCAAAUGUUUUUUUAACCAAAAAUUGGCUUAUCCAUCAUCUUUCUCAUUAGUUUUUAUUUAUUUUAUAGUUAUUUCACAACAUUGCCGGAAAAUCCAUUUUGAGUGUUGUUGAUUUUCUUUGUUUCUUUCUUCUUUUCUGAUUAACGAAUAUAAAUUAUAAGAAGACAAUCAGAACAAGACCUCCGUGAAAAAAAAGUCAAACCUGAGUGGAGACAAGGUGAACGAACAUGGGUGAGGCAAUACCGAAGGAAGUGAAGGAUCUGUGGGACAAAUGGAACAUACGUGGUCUGGUGAUUCUCAGUCUUGCUCUUCAGACAUUCCUGGUUCUUCUCUCACCAAACAGAAAACGAACUCACCGCCGUUUUUUCCGGUUGCUCAUUUGGUCGGCGUAUCUUUUAGCCAACUGGGCAGCAGAGUACGCCGUGGGACAGAUCUCAGACAAUCAAGGAAGCGAACCGCAACCCAAAAACACCGAUCUCUUAGCUUUCUGGGCAACCUUCCUUCUCUUACACCUCGGUGGUCCUGACACUAUCACAGCUCUUGCUAUUGAGGACAAUGACCUCUGGCUCAGGAGCUUGUUCGCUCUUGUUUGUCAAGGAACCGUCACUCUAUACGUCUUUCUUCUCUCAAUACCAAACAAUCUUUUGGUACCCACAUCGCUCAUGCUCGUAGCCGGAGUCAUCAAGUAUGUAGAGAGGAUACAAGCAUUGCGUGGAGCGAGUCUUGAAACCUUCAAGAACUCGAUGCUCGAGGAUCCUGAUCCUGGACCGGAUUACGCAAGGCUCAUGGAGGAGUUUUCAGUUAGGAAGAUGCUUAGAGAACCUACCCAAAUAGUUAGGAUCGAGGAGGUCGAGAAAGGUCAACGACCCAAGGUUUUAGUGAGGCCACCUAACAAGCUGACAGAUCUCGAGGCUGUCCAGUACGCUUACAAGUACUUCAAUAUCUUUAAAGGCCUUGUGGUUGAUCUCAUGUUUAACUCGCAAUCUGAGCAGUUGAACAACAGCAAAGUAUUCUUCCUCUCACUAGACACACCAGAGGAAACUUUGAGUGUUUUAGAGGUGGAGCUUAGUUUCAUCUAUGGCACCUUUUACACCAAAGUUAACAUUCUCCAUACUUGGAUUGGAAUAUCUUUCCGGUUCAUGGCCUUAGCAUCACUUGUCUCAUCCCUCUGCAUUUUCGUAACAGCCAAGAAAUCUGAAUACAACAGAUUCAAUGUGGACCUAACGUACGUCUUACUCAUCAGUGGAAUAGCAGUUGAUUUUGUUGCUAUUUUCAUCUUCUGUGUCUCUGAUUGGACAUUUGCAAGAUUUAAGAAGCCAAAGGAGGAUGAGGAUCGUAAGGACACCCUGGUCGAUGUAGUAUUCAACUCAAUCCUAAGUUUUAGGAAGUUGAAGUGGAAGGCAUGCGAUUGUUCCCACAGAAAAAAAGGCAGCAAAUGUGAGGUUCUUGAUAGAAAAUUCAUAUUUCGUAGAUGGUCUGAAUACAUAUAUUCAUAUAACCUGAUUGAGUACUCUCUUGGACUAAAAUCUUCGACCAUCCACAAUACUGACGGAUGGAUUCACAGAUUCUUUGACGCUUUCAUUCAAUCAUUAUGGAUUAAUGUUGCCGUCAAAUAUACCAUCCGAGGGAUCAGCUUCUGUUUCAAGAACAUGAAACAUGAGAUUGAUCUUGCUCGCAGCUGGUUGAAUGAGCUCAUUGUUCAAUCAUCCACGGACAACAGGAAGUUGUAUUAUGCUCUUUCCCCUUUGAAGCUGUUUCUGAGAUUCUGGUUUGGUAUCCCUGUUAUCUACUAUGUCUUGGACUUCUUCGGCAUCUCAGAUCAGCUCAACCGGGUGAUUUAUACAUCAAGUGAUCGUAUAACGAAACAAAUGUGGGAGUUCAUAUUUAAAGAGGUUAAGCGAAGAUCUGAAGCUGCUGAUAGGGCAGAGACUGCCAGUGAUAUAUACUCUACAAGGGGUGAGUGGGUGUUGCACGACAUAUUAAAUUAGGCGCUACGCAUGA